UCUGGGAAUUCCGAGUUUCAGAGAAGAGACAACCUUUCACCUUUCAAAAUGGUGGCCAGCUAGCAGGGUGGUGGUGGUGUUAUACUUUUAUAGAAGAAACUAUUGUUUUUAAAUUUGCCCGUGGGGACUGAAUAAUUUAGUUGUGGUGUUGGGAAACCAGAACUGAUUUGGACUGUAAUGGACCGGAGCAGAUCCCCGAAAAGAAGAAGAAAAGUGGAGAAAAAUAACAAAGAGAUAAAGAAACGAAGACUGUCGCCCUCGAGUUCGUCGUCGUCGUCUUCUUCGUCUUCAACUCGGGGCAAAUCCAAGAAAAAAGCACACAAAAGUCCAGGGGUAAAAACGCAUACCAAGAAGCGAAGACGACACUCCUCUUCGUCUUCCUCCUCAUCUUCGUCUUCCUCCUCUUCCUCCUCGUCUUCAAGUGACGAAAGGAGGAAAAAGAAGAAAGCCAAGAAAUCCAAAAAGAAGAAGAAAAAAAAGGCCAAGCUGAGGAAGAAGAAGAAGAAACUGAAGAAGAUGGAGGAAGAGAAGAAGAAGAGCAAAGAGCAGGACAUCCAGAAGAGGCUGAUGAAGUUGGCCCAGCCGCUCGGCACCUUCCCGGCCAAACCUUCUUCCUCCUCGCUAGAGAUUUGGCAUGGCGACGAUGACGACGGCGGUGCCGAACUGGGCCCAGUGAUGACUGACGAGCAGAAGGCGCGGCUGGCCACCAGGAGGCCUCUGACCAAAGAGGAGUAUGACGCCCGACAAAGCGUCAUCCGCAAGGUGCUGGACCCCGAAACGGGGCGCACCAGGCUGGUGCGUGGCGAAGGCGAGAUCAUCGAGGAGAUUGUCAGCAAGGACAAACACAAAGACAUUAACAAGCAAGCCACCAGGGGGGACGGCAGCACCUUCCAGAGAACACUAGGACUCAACAGAUAGGAAGUCGCUUUGCCUGCUUUUCCCCAUUUCGCUUGCCUUGCAAGCAGUCAGAUUCAUAUAACAUCAACUGUCCGACCUCUUCCCCGGUCAUCUGAUGUUCCGGCCAAUCAGACGAAAAGUGGGAGCUGCAGACGUGACCAGGAAGCAACUAUCUGCUUGAGAAUCAUGUCAAAGUUUGUUAUUAAAAGAAGGGCAAAGAAUGUCACCAAAAGUUUUUUUUUAUUUUCUUUAUUUUUUUUACUGUGGCUUCAUGUGGAUGGUCAAGAGAAGAUUCGCGAGUGUGACGUAAAGAGCAAUUGUCCAAUUGGCAGCUGUAUAUUUUUUACUUCCCGUACAACCUUUUUUCUCAAAAUAUUAUAACUUUAAACUUGUAAUGUUACAACUUGAAUCUUGUCAUUUCUGACAUUUUGUCUUAUUACAACUGUACAAUAUUCUGCAACUUUUUUUCUCGUAGUAUUUGGACUUCACCCGUCAUAAUCAUUUUGUUUUUGCUUUAUUUCAAUGCGAUUGUACAUGUGUUUUCAUUGAAACUGAUCGUAAUAAUUGAUUAACCCACACAUUAUUAUAAGCUCCCUCAUGAGCGUCACAACAUGGCUGGUGGCUGCUCGUGGUGAAGCUGCUAGAUCAGGAAUGUGAUUUCACUAGUAUUUAUGGGUUAUACUGCUCAAAUCAUGUAGAUCUAGUCGACAUGACAUGUAUCAUGGCAUCAUGAUGUAUCACUGAAAGAUAUUUGGCCGAAAUCUUAUAAGCCUUCUAAGUGCAUGAAUAAAAAAUGGAAGACUAUAUCCUUUAAAGGGAACCUCAGUUUUCAAGACUUUAGGCUCUAUUAUUGCCAUUGAAAUCUAUAAUAUUUAAUUAGAUUUUGUCGCAUUCUGCUGCUGGUCAGAUUGUUUUGUUACAGAGCUGUGGGAUGCCUUCCAACUCCAACUAUACUGCAGUGUCUCAUAACCGAUCCUAGGCGGCCUGCCGUGACUAUGACUUGCUGCCAUUUGACAGUUUGUAUUCUUGACCCCUUUGUUGCAUCUUUGCCUUUUUUCCGCCCCCAUUUGUCUGCCGCCCAGGUUUUUGGAAUCAUCUACCAUGGCCAGGUAUUUGAGUCCAUUAUUUGUUUUUGCCUUGCUUUUACUGCCUCUCACCGCGUUUUUUGAAAAUUUUUUAUCCCGACCUGCUGUCACGGACCCUUUCUCGGUCUCCCUUUCCGCGAUCACCUGUUUUUUGUGUGUAUUCAAUAAACCCUUGUACGCAAUCCCUCUGCUAUUGUUGUCU